AGUCGCAUCGUGCCGGCGAUCGCGCUGUGUGAUGCCCGAGAGGGAUAGUUUCUCGUGAAAAAUGGGAGGUCAUUGUCCUCCCCGAGUGGCCCAGUGGAUCCCCUCAGUAACUCAGAGAUGAUUGGCCGUAGAUGCGCGCUCUUCGCGCUUGGCGGUCUCUUGAUUCUCGUGCUCACCGUUAAUAUUUAUUUCAUCCGCAUGAUUGUUGAGAAUUCACCGGAGAAAAGUUAUUCACGCAAUCUGCCGGUAUCGGGGGAGAAGAAUGGGGAAAAUUUGGGGACUAAGGAUGAGGAGAAAAAAGGAGUGAGAAAAUCGAUGACGAGGGAGGUAGAGGAGAAAAUCAAAGCUGAAAUGCGAUUGCUACCUUCCAAGUAUUUCAAAAGGAAUUCUAGCUACGCUGUGCUGCUGGAUAGACUUCUUGCCGAGUUGAGGAUCAUGCCUAAUGCCCAGAAGGACAUUUGGAGUAUACCGAAUAAUAAUUGGCCAGAUGCGCAUCAGUUGCUGCCCGCAGCGGCCCCAGAAUUGGGGACAAUAUUCGAGGCAAUGAGAAGAGCGAAAAUAGUAAAAGCUGACAAUGCACCAGUUGGUACACAAUUGAAACUGAUGCUGACAUUGGAGUCGGGCGUUAAGGCACUUUUUAAGCCCCAAUGGUACGCGCGAGAUACUAUUCUAAAUGGGCCAGUGUAUUUCGGUAAAGAUCGCCACAACGCUGAGGUCGUGGCCUUCCACUUGUCUUCCUUACUCGGACUGAGGAGAGUUCCUCUCACAGUCACUAGAAAAUUGAGGCUCAGUGAAAUUCGCAAUUGCGCGACACCAAAAUUAUACGAAACUCUGUAUCAGGAGGGAAAUGAGACUUGCUUCUACGGGGUCUGCCAUUACUGCUCACCAGCAGAUCCAGUUUGCAGCUCUAAUGACAUUCUGGAGGGUGCACUCAUUCUGUGGCUACCGGAUUAUCUCAAGUUAUUUAAACAUCGACAUCCGUGGCAGAGAACUUAUAAGCGUAAUAAAUUGGCCCUGUGGGAAACGGAUCUUCAUUAUUGUGACAAGGUGAAAGAGACAAAGACUUAUGCCCCCCAUUCCUCCAGUCGUCUGCUAGAUCUGAUAGACACAGCAGUCUUCGACUAUCUGAUGGACAACGGAGACAGGCAUCACUACGAAUUGACCCACAAUUUCCAUAAUCCCGCUGUACUAUUGAUAGACAACGGAAAGAGCCUGGCGAACCCAGACGUCGAUCAUGUGGACAUUCUGGCACCUCUUUACCAAUGCUGCAUGAUCCACAAAACCACCUGGGACAGGCUGCAGUUGCUGGGAGGGGGUGCACUCAGUGUCUCCCUCGGACAACUCCUCGCACACGAGUCCAUGAUGGCUGGGGUUCAAUCUCUCAUCACUGAGGAUCACCUGAGUGCCAUGGACAGAAGACUACUCACCAUUUACGCGGUUGUGGAGUAUUGCUUGAAAAUAAAAAAGUACCCAUCCAGUGUCAUUCUAGAUCAUCGAUAAGUGUCGUAGAUAAUUGUAAUCGUGAGAUGAGUGAGUGCAUUCUGUUGAAUUAAUUUGUAAGAGGUAAUAUUAAGAGGAUGCAGUUACCAAUUGUUUUUCGUUAUUUCUUGGUGAACUUGGGGGAUUGUCAAGAUUUCCAGUAAAUUAAUUUGCUUAAAUUGUUUUGUUGCCAGAAUAAGAGGCUUUGCAGAAAAAUUUUCAGUUGUAUUGUUUAUAGUUCAUAACAUUUACAAAUAUGAUCUUUUGUUAAAUUUUUAAGAAACUUGGAGAUUUUUAAAGAUGAAUUUUGCUUCUCAUAAAAUACGAUUUUUCUACGAACAAUUUCUAUUGAAACAUUCUCUCACAAUUCUCCUUUCUAAGGACAUUUACAAGAGCGUGAGUUUUUUUAUUUUUCAGAAAUGAAGAGGUCUUCAAAAAUUUUGCAACACUACUUGUUUGUAAUCCACAAAAUUCAUGGAUAUUUUUCUCCAAAACUCUCCGUUUCGAAUAUUUUUCAGCGAAAAAAGUUGCCUCAUGAUUUCACCAUUUUUUAAAAUGAAAAAAUAACAUGGAAAAAUUUUAAAAAAGGUUCAACUAACUCUACUACCAAUUUUCUAUUUUUAGUAAUAUAUGAAUUCAGUAGAACAAGAAAUUUUAUAAUUAAAAAUUAGUGCACAAAUUAAGAAAAUUGUUUGAAGUCGUUAUCCGACUGAUUGAACAUUUGUAUCGAAUAAAACUAAUUUUUCAUCA